AAUUUAUUGUAGGAUACAAAUGGGUUAGAUGGUCGUCCUAUGCCGACCGUAACAUGAUGAUCUCCAUCGGCAGAGACCUGGACGGUAUGAAUCUCAUCGUAGGUCGUGCCAUGCACCAGGGUGAUAUGCUGCCGGCGAAAGUGAAGCCGGAUCAUGGAGUUGCCUACGUUUGCCACGGAGGUGCCGAGCACAUGAAACAUGACUUUGAGGUAUAAUAGAUCGCGAGAAAC